AUGUCAGAAGUAAAUGAUAAAAAUAUAGAUUCUGCAAAGGAUGUAGGAGAGGGGAAACCAUUUGUGCCAAAAAUUGAUGAUAAUCCAAUAAAAAGAUAUAGAUCAGAUGAUGAUAAAAAAGAAUCAGAAUCAACAACUGAAGCACCUUCAAAGAAAUUAAAAAUCGAAACCAAUGAAUCUAAAGAUGAAACUAACAAUAGUAAUGAUGAGAAUGCCAUUGAAACAUUAGAAAAUAGUCAAGAAAAGGAACCAUUAACAGAGACCAAGCCUAAGUUUGUGUUUGGAAGUACAUCUAUAUUUGGCAGCGGAUUUGCCUUAGCGAAAUCUGAUGCUGCAAAGAAGGAGAAUAAGAAGACAGAUGAAAAGAUUGAAGAGAAACAGUCACCUACUUUGAAACCAUAUUCUUUUGGUUCCGGAUUUUCUUUUGGUGGAGGAUUUAAUGUUUUAAAGAAUAAAGAAACCUCUUUAGAGAGUAAACAAAAAGAUGACGAUACAACUAAUUCCAAUGAGGAGUCAUCAGUCAAGAGUGAAGCCAUAAAAGAUGAUUCAGAGGCUGGUGCUAGUGAAAGUAAAAGCAACUUCAUAAAACUAGAAAAACAAGAUUUGAAAUCAGGUGAAGAAUUAGAAACUUUACUACAUCAAGUUAACGCAAAAUUAUAUCAACUAACAGACAUAGAUGAAGGUUGGAAAGAAAGAGGUAUUGGGUUAUUAAAGAUUAAUAAAAAUUCCGAAAACAGAAAAGCCCGUCUUGUUAUGAGAUCAAGAGUCUUAUUAAAAGUCAUUUUGAAUCUACCGUUAAUGAAGGAGUUCAAAAUAUCUAAAGGAUUCCCAGGUUCGUUACAAACUGAAAAAUUUGUUAGAAUCAUUGCUGUGAACGAAGAAAAGAUCCCUGUCCAAUAUGCCUUCAAGCUUGCUAAUGCUGAUUCGGCUGAUGACUUAUAUAGCAUUAUGGAAAAAGAAAUGCUUAAAUAA